ACUAGCAACACACGCUCUCUUCUCAACGCUAACUUUCCAAAAUGUCUUACUACGCGAAUAACGAAUACAUAAUCGCAACUAACAACUCGAUCAACGAAAACAAAUACAACAGUGAAAAAAUGAAAAAUAGUGGUUUCAAGGCUUUGCUGAAGCCUAUCAUGAAAAUCAUUAAGAAAACGACGAAACGUGCUCCCACCAAAACCGUCGACACGUGCUACGAGGACGAACAGAACUCGUGCAACGAGGCGCUUGAGCGCAAGAUAUAUAACGAGAUGGACUCGUGCCAGUCUGCUGCGUUCCUGGUCAGCAACCAAGAUAAUUCCUAUGACCUGGUGCCGAUUUCCCGUGAAGAUUUCUACAUCCCAGUUCACUUUGCUCGCACUGAUGCCGGCACCUUUUUCUGGACCACCGUCUCCAAAUCUGAAGCUGACUUCGCAACAACCGACUGCUACACCGAGUGCCAAACCGCUGAACAGCAGUACCCAGUCUUGCAAGACCGUUGGGUCCAAGCCUGAAUGAAGUAUCUAAACAACAAUCAGUGUCUUCCGUGAAACCAGUGCUCGCUUCGUUGGUUUCGGCAACAGUCUGUGAUGUUAGCUUUAAUAAUAUAAUUCUAUGGUGCCAUAUAUGUAGGUUAUGAUAAAGAUAUCUCGCUCAAUGGUCGUGAUAACUCCAGGAAAGCUUUAAUUGUAUUUUCACUAUAACUUGGUAUUGUGAUAUUUUAAUAAUGUAUAAAUUUAGGGAUAAUAUAGGGAUCUUAUGAUUGUGAUUAUAAUUAACUGAGCUUUAAUUGUU